CGACCUGAAUCGCGUAUAGUAUAAAACGAAUAUCGAUAUUGCGAUACCCAACGGGUCCCGCCUCGUUAUCAUCACUAAGCACAACUCUAUAGUGCCAACAUUAUUAAUUUGUUGAUUCUUGUAGUGGUGAAAACAGCCUGAUCGGAAAAAACCGUCUCUCCCAAGUGACAUCAAUAACCGACGGUGAUCCCAAACGACAACACGUGUCCACCUGCCGCCAUCAGCACUAUUGACGUGUCAAACCUGGAAGCCUUCACGCUACGUGGCGUCAUAAUAAAACCCCUCCUUCUCACCAAAACUAACUCAUCCCCAUUGGAAAAACCCACAUAGGAAAGUUUGUUUCUUUUCCUUCGCUAAGUGGGAAAGUAAAAAAGAAAAACUUCCACUCUCUGACUGAUCAUCAAUCGAUCGAUCGAACCUCCCCGGAUCCCAUCCGCCGCCGCGCCAUGGCUCGGACCUCGAUCGAGCCGCUGAUCGUCGGGAAGGUGAUCGGAGACGUGCUCGACCCGUUCCACCCGCUCGUCGAGCUCACCGUUCACUACGGGUCGAGGAAAAUCUCCAACGGAUGCGAGAUCAAGCCGUCUGCCGCCCUCCAGAAGCCGUUCGUCCAGAUCGUACGCGAUGCUCCCCCGCCGAUCUCCUCCGUGCUCUACACCUUGGUUAUGGUGGAUCCCGAUGCUCCGAGUCCCAGCGAACCUAGGCUUAGGGAAUGGCUACAUUGGGUUAUGGUUGAUAUUCCUGAAGGGUCCGAUGCUACAAAAGGGCAGGAGCUGGUGCCGUACGUGGGGCCGCAGCCGCCGACGGGGAUCCACAGGUACGUGUUCGCCCUUUUCAGGCAGGAAAGGGCGCUGAUGGAUCGGAGCGUGGCGGUGGCGCCGCCGGAAAUGCGCGGGAACUUCUGCACCCGCCACUUCGCGGCCCGUAACGGGCUGGGCCUUCCCGUUGCGGCGGUCUACUUCAACUCGCGCAAGGAGCCUGCCGUUAAGAAAAGGUGCUAGUGGUCGGGGACGGGCCGUUGUGGGCUAUUUACGGGUUUGGGCCGGGUCUGUAUAUAUUAUGUAGGUUAACUAAGUACCGAUGGAGAAAUGGGCUUUUUCUGGAAAUCCUAAUUUGCACUAUUGCAUUGCAUGUAUAGUCUGGCAGAAAAAUCUCACCCGACUCGGAGGUGACUCUAGGUAGCUGGCUUUGUUUGGUACAUUUUAUGGUCACAUACCAGCUGUUAGAAAAACAUGGUUUUCUUAGCAUGUGGCUUUGUAUGUAUCAAGCAUCAUUGCAUCGAGAUGAUGAUGUGUCUUUCAAUCCGAUCGCGGAUUAGGUACCUUAAGCCGUUUCAUGGUUUGAUCGUCCUCCAGGCACCAUGCCACAGUGCAAUCCUCUCGGUGUCGAGUUUCCCUAGCUUUGUAUAGGUAAACGCUCAAACGCCAUAGAAGCAAGAGUUUAGGGUACAAGUUUUUCAUAUUGUGCAAGGGCCUUCGUAGGGCAUAGCUCGAUGGGAUCAUGUAGAGGUUGGAGACAGCGUUUAUGCUCCUAGCAAGGUUAGUUGUUGAAUGUUUUAUAGGUAUAAUGUUAAGAGUCUAAUGGCUUGCAUUUUUAGUGAAUUCGUCAUAAGUUGUUUACAACUUUGGAUUGAAAUUAAUGUACUCAUUGUUGGGUAUGCAUGUGCCUAAUUUGGAAUAUGGAUUGCCACAACAUACCUCCCACUUCCUGGUCAGAGUUAGUUGAGAUUGGAAUGACCAUGACCCAUUUUCGUAAUUUUUGGGCGAUUUUUUUUUCGAAAGGCUAUUUUCCUUGUAUUUCGAAAACUACAGAUCAUGGAUUCGGCCUUAGCCUAUUCUCCAUCAAGAUUAAGUCCAUCAAGCACCGAAUUGGGCAGAUUUCUUUUGGGUCUAUUUUUUGCAGAUUUCAAACGGGGUAACAUCACAGAUUUUGGUGAUUUUUGCGAAAUGUCAUUUCUUCUGAUUUGGAAGCCUAGAGAUCACGAAAUUGGCCCGAGGCUAUUCUCCACCGAAGAUUAAUUUAUUGAUCCUAUUCUCCGUCGAUGCUUAAGCCCGUUAGGCACUAAUUUGGGAUGAUUCAUUUUCGGAUGACAAUUUCGUAAAUUUCUAGGCGAUUUUCUUUUAAGAUUUUUUCAUGGAUUUCAAAGGCUACAAAUCACGAAUGCGGCCUGAGGCUAUUCUCCACCGAGGAUUUAGUUCAUCAAGCACUGAUUUGGGGGAUUUCUUUCGCAACCAUUUUUGGCAGAUUCCAAAGGGGUACCAUCAAAGAUUUCAGUUGAUUUUUUCGAAAUGCCAUUUUCUUAAGAUUUGGAAGGCUACUGUAGCAUCCCAUUUCGGCUAAACCCAUAUUUCGAUCGCUAGAAAAUUUCAUGAUUUAAAAUCGAGCAUUUCGACACUAUUUCGGCGAAAAUCGGAUUAUCGAUCGAUCGGAUAAGUAUACGUAUUAACUAUAUAUAUAUAAAUUAAUUAGGCGGCCGAGCAUAUAUAUGUAUAUAAACCCUCCCCGCCCUUUUAAUUCUCUCCAUCAUCAACUUUUCCAUUUCCCCACCGAGAGGAAACCGGGAGCACAGCGAGCUGAGCAGAGCGAACAGGGGAGCUCAGGAGAAAUUCCAAAGCUCAAAUUCUUGAGCCCUAGUGAUCCAAAAAUCCUGUAAGUAAUGCCUAAUUCAUCUAUAAAUCGUGAUUUAUCGAUUUAGAGCUUUAAAACGAGUUUUUGGUUCAGGAAUUUCUUGAAUUCCCGAUCUGCCAAAUUAGGGUUUCGGAGUAUCCGGAAGCCGGAUUGAGCCCAAAUUUCAUAUACGAGCUUCCUGCAGCGAGGUAAUCAAUCCUCUAGUUCUAAUCCCUGAAUUUCGGCUAUUAUUUAGGCCGGGGUCCAAACCGCUGAAUUUAGCUCCGGCCAGGGUUUGAUGUGUUUUUAUCGAGAAUUUGACCCGGAGCCCAGAACUAAUAUUGACGGGGAUACUGCAGGGGAUAUUAGGACGGUCUCGGAUUUUAAUUCGGGGUUCGUUCGUGAAAUUGACAUUUUAGUACGGGAAGGUUAAACCGGUGUUUGAACGACCAGAACUGGUGAGGGAUUGGCACGGCAUACCGGGUUUGUCGUAUCAUGAUAAUUAUAUUGAUGCUUAGAAUUGAUCUAGGUGAACUAGAAUGGCAUGAUUAGGGGUGUAUGAACUUUUGUGCUAUAUGUUGAACCCUGGAUUGCUGUAUGAUAUUAUUGACUUGCCCUAAUCGAUAUGAACCUUGUUUAUGCGGAUGAUUGUGUAUAUGUUGCAAAUUGUGGGCUUGACUGUUAAUAUGCUUUACGAUGGUUCGAGAAGGUGAUUAGGUAUGAUUUUUCAUGAUUGUUGUAUUUGGAUGCACAAGUGGGAAAAUAUAUAUUCCCAGGGUGAUAUUAUGAUGUUUAAUGAGGAUGACUUGCACGAGGGUUUAUCCCGAGGAAGUGCAAUUAUACGACUCCUGAUUUACCUAUGUUGAGCCAAUUAUGGUCAGGUCAAGUACAUGUGCAAGUAACGAAUUGUGAUUAAGCAAGAUGAGAUAUGAAUCAUGUACAAGGAUACCAAAUAUGAGUGUUGUGGUCUCAUGGUCAACUACAUAGUAAUUAGGGCUCCCUAUGCUAUUACUCUAUUAUGAUAUGUAUGAUAGUCACACCUCUCAUGUGGUGGUGACUGAAGAAUUCUUAUGAGAUAUGACCACACCCAGAGCGGUGUCGGGGUAUGACUACACCCAUAGUGGUGUGGGGUAUGUAUGACCACAUCCGACGGGAUGUUGGGGUAUGUAUGACUACAUCCGACGGGAUGUGGGGUAUGUUUCCCGGGAGAGUUAUUAGCAUGGGAGUAGCCAGGCGCCUAUGAUUAAAACAUGAUAAGAUGCAUAUGCAUAAGUCAAAGUGGUUGAGUCUUUUGCUUAUUGGGAUAUGAGGAUGGCUGAGGUCCGAUCCUAGUGUUUUGGCUUGAUUGUUAGAUGUAUGAUAGGGGUAUGCUAUGUUAUGAACUCACGAUGCUAUGAUUAUCUCACUCAGCCAUGAGCUGACCCUCUUUUAUUCUUCUUCUCUGCUUAUGCUAUGUGUAAGCAGAUCAUCAGCAGCAGCAGUAGAUAAGUGUUAGGUGGGAGAGGAGCUAGAGUUGAAGCCAGGAUGAGGUAUGGUCUUCAACUAUUCUGUGCUUGGACUACUACUCGGGAUUUUGGCCAGUGAUCCACACCUUUUUGUAAAAAAAUGUUUUGAGAACG